AUGGUGAAUCCUGGAGGUAGCAGCCAGCCCCCUCCGGUGGGAGCAGGGUCGUCCUGGAAGAGGUGUGCGGGCUGCGGGGGGAAGAUCGCUGACCGCUUCCUUCUCUAUACCAUGGACAGCUACUGGCACAGCCGAUGCCUGAAGUGCUCCUGCUGCCAGGCCCCUGGGGAGAUAGGCACCUCCUGUUACACCAAGAGCGGCAUGAUCCUCUGCAGAAACGACUACAUCAGGUGA